CAAUAACAAGCACACAUGGUCCAAUUUCUAGAAUGGUUCAUGGGUCUAGGCCCGCAUUGUUGAAGACACCCUGUAAACCUAAGAUAUUGACCUUGCUAGUCGCCGGUCAUCUUGCCGGCACCCGGAUAUUGACAGAUCCUGUAUGCACAUUUAAGUAGCCAUUGCAGGACGCCAAGAUGGCCAUUUCCACUCGUAUCAACAUUCAGAUCUAUCUACUAUCACUACUCGUCUUUGGCUCAACGAUAACAUGAGUGAAGAGAAGCAGGCCAACCCCAAGGUCGCUAACGCAAGCUCUAGCAGCUCACUCAACGAAGGUGCUGUUAUUUCUGGCCGAGCUGCAGAUGAGACUCUCGAUCUCAUUGAAAAGCAUGGACACGAAGUUGGAGAACUUACCCCUGGGAAAAAGAAGAAGCUCAAGCGCAAGAUUUACAUCCACGUUCUUCUGCUUGUUACUUUUAUCGACUUUAUGCUUUAUGUGGAUAAGAGCACAUUGGGACAGGCUACGCUCCUAGGCCUUUUCAAGGAUACGGGUCUCAACAAUUCCGAGUACAAUAACUUGAACUCGCUGUUCUAUACAGGCUAUAUCAUUGGACAAAUCCCCGGACAGCUUCUCAUCCAAAAGCUUCCCCUUCGCACCUUCAUAUCUGGAAUCAUCUUCACCUGGGCUGUCAUUGUCCUUCUGCACUGUGUCGCUCAGAGCUAUGGUGCCCUGAUCCCUCUUCGUUUCUUCCUCGGCUUCGUCGAAUCUGCGGUCAUCCCAGCACUUGAGAUCACAAUGGCCAUGUUCUUCACUCCCGAGGAGCUUCAUCAGGUUCAGCCUCUGUUUUACACAUCGUGCAUUGGCUCACCUAUGUUCACCGGUCUCGUCUCAUAUGGCCUGCUGUAUAGUAAAGCUACCACGAGCCCGUGGAAGUUCUUUAUGAUCAUCACUGGAGGUAUAUCCCUUGUUCUCUCAAAGGUCCAUACCAUUCGCCGCAUUCAUGAAUCCACGAGAAGUUCGAUUGAGCAGAAGACAUUCAAGAAGCAUCAGUUCUACGAAUGUUUGAAGGACCCUAUCUCCUGGCUCUUCGCUUUCUCGGGCUUUACGCUCAUGCUGGCAAAUAACCUCCCCUACCAGCAGAGCCUGCUCUUCCUAGACCUUGGAGUUUCUCCAUUGGGAUCUACACUUGUCUGGGUAGCUUCAGGAGGCUUUGCCAUUCUUGCAUGCAUCACGGCCUCGCUUCUGAUACGCUUCUUUCCUGGACAUAGCGCUUGGUGGGCGGCACUUUGGUGCGUCCCUUGUAUCGCGAGUAGUAUUGGUAUGGUCACCAUUCCAUGGGGUAACACCAUUCCCAUGCUCGCCUGUCUCCUUCUCCCACCGAACUGCUUUGCGCAAACAUGGAUCAUCUCUGUUGGCUGGGUAUCAUCCAGUUGCGCCGGUCAUACAAAGCGCCUUACUCGAAACGCCAUGUUUAUGGUACUCUAUGGAAUCUCGAAUAUUAUCUCGCCACAACUCUGGAAGACUGGAGGGCCUCGCUACUACCCUGCUUGGAUUGUGCAGAUUGUGGCCAGUUUCACCUUGACGCCCAUUCUACUACUCAGUAUCCGAUUCAUCCUUGCCAAGAGAAACAAGGAGAGACGACAAUGGAUCGCAGAACAGGAAGCGCUUGGAAAUCAUGGUGAAGGAUAUGUCGAACAGGUUGUUGAUGGUGAGACUGUCAAGGUCAAGGUGGAUGUUUCCAUGUUGGACUUGACUGAUCUGGAGAAUAAGUACUUUCUUUAUCCACUGUAGUCAUCAUUAGAUAUUGUUUUUCAGGGAUUGAGCAAAGAAUGUUUAUUUUCUGCUGCUCACUUAGAAAUGGC